AUGUCUUCUUCGGUACAGCUACCGCCGCGAAAGCGUCGCAAGACACAACUGGCGUGUAAUCCGUGCCGCACCCGCAAGUCCGGCUGCGACGGCGUUCGCCCGGUAUGCUCGACGUGCAAGUCGAGGGGUCUGCAGCAGCAGUGCGCGUACCAGGAGUCGGUGCUGCACGCGUCGUCGAGACCGACGUUAUCAGAACUUCAACGGAGGUUAGAGAGACUCGAGGGGUCCCCUCUGCCUCAAGAUGCCAGUCCCGUCGCAGGCUCACCAAUACCGGGCUCGGGAUCUCCGGAAUCAACCAUGUUGCCGCCAAUAAGUGCCUUGAAGGAGCGAUCUUCCCUCAAUCCGCAGCGUCAAAACGACUCUUUGACACGCAAUGAUGACGAGACCAUCUACGGGCCGUCAUCGAACAUUUCAUUCUUGCGGCAGGUCACGCUUGCAGCAGACCCGCAUCAAAAAGACAACCAAGAACCAAAUGAUCAUGAAGAUGAAGCCGCCGAUAGCGCGCCGACCGUACUCGGCUUCUCGACGGCACAACCCCGGAGCCCGGAUCCGCUGCCCGAGCCGAUUAUGCUACCCGAAAGAUGGCUAGCCGACAGCUUGAUGAGCUCAUCUUGGGAAUUCGUGCACCCGGUAUUUCCGAUCCUUCACCGGCCGUCAUUCAUCGCUUCGUAUGAAGCCCUUUGGCAGCCGUCAAAGGGUCGCCCCAAGCGAGAUCCCAAAGACGUCGUAUUCCACGCGACGCUGAGCAUUGUUCUCGCUCUGGGAUCGCAACGGACCGAACAGAUAUCGAAUGCAGAACAAGAAGACCUGGCUGACAGGUUCUACAAGCAAUCUGUCAAGCUCAUUUCGGUUGAUACGCUCGACCAUUCGUCCCUGCAGGUCGUCCAGCUCCUUCUACUCCGAGGGGUUUAUCUGCAUUACACAUCCUAUGCCGAUCGUUGCUGGAACACCGUCGGCGUCGCCUUACGAGUAGCCCAGGGACUCGGCUUGCAUAACGAAGGCGACAAGGCGACUGAGACCAACCAGGUUAAGCGAGAGAUGAGGCGGCGUGUUUGGCACUGCUGUAUCACAUUGGACCGACUCACUGCAACAACAUUCGGGCGACCAGUCCUCUUGUCGAGGAAACACUCCGUCCCAGCACCGGCUGCCAUUGACGACGAGCACUUAUCCGAAACCACCGAAGCAGCCCAGCCUCUCAACCGCCCGUCAUAUUUGGCUUUUUUUGUUCACUCACUACAGCUCUUUGAUCUUUUGAACGAAAUCCUCGCCAAGUUCUACACGGACGGCGAUCAUGCUCUAGAACAUAGAGCUCAUGCUCUCAACGAUGUUCUCCAGCUCUCCUCGAAACUGGAUGACUUGAAUGACGAGUUACCCAUUUAUCUUAGGGAAGACAGUAGCUUGGAGGGGUUCAGCGAAGACGUCAGGUGUUGCCUACAGAUGCAGGCAAACAUCCUAAAGUCAAGGGUUUUGUGGAUUCGUCUUCUCCUAUUGCGACCGUUGCUUCUCGCAGAGGCCAGGCAAACCACCAGAGCACCGAGGACAUCGCUUGAUUCAUCGACACUCCGUGACAGCUUUGGACAUGCCGCAAAUAUUCUUUGCGUCACCACCGCACAUGGGGUUCUCCAAGAGCUCCACGGCAAGCUGGGAAGUGUCCGUCAGAACUCGGCCUGGCAUGUCUUGCUUUUCACCUUUGCAGCUGCAUCUACUCUAGUCGUAGCUACCCUAUGUCCCGGCCUCGACGUUAGCUUCGAUACGGAGCCGACAAAGACGUCUUGGGAUCGGGCGCUGACGAUCUUCGACUUCCACAAGAAGCACGUCUCAUCGGCUUCAAGGGGUAUCGAGGUCCUGCAGAAGUUCCGAGAGUCCGUCGCCGCCGUGCCCAGACGGUCAAAGGGCGGUCCCGCAGAACCACCUGAUGCGCCUAUUCAGGAACAAGGAGAUGCCUUGCUGCCUUUUAGCUCGGUCCCAGGCAUGAACCAGACGCCUCUGGCGCAGGACUUUGGGGACUUCCUCAACUCCGACCUGCUGAACGAGAGUUGGUUCAACACACAAGGCAUAGACUUUAGCAACUGGUCGAUCUUCCAAUAA